AUGGCCUUUAUCACUUCAAAACGGGUCCAACUCGUCAUCACAUCCAUCGUAGCUCUCGUAGCCACAGUAAUAUCCCUCCGCCGUGGCCUGGCCGUCAAAAACGAACAGCCGGCCCCCAUCAUCGGCAAGAAUAACACCGUCCUCUUCGUCGCCAACGUCGAACACGGUCUCUCUAAUGUCCAUGUGGCAACCGUCUUUUCGCUUCUCGAACGCCACCCAGAAAUCACUGUCCACUUUGCGUCAUGGAUCAAGAUUAAGCCCAAGAUUGAGAGAGUGUCCAGAUAUGCACGAAUCAAAACACCCCAGGCCCAUCCUACCAUAUUCCACGCGCUGCCGGGUCCGAACUUCUGGGCCGCAUCCGGGCGAAACUCCUCGUUGAGCUGGAUGCAGCCGCCUGGUAUCGCGGGACUGAAGGGUCUCCUCGAGGAUAUGGCACAAUUCAUUUCACCAUGGACCGGGGAAGACCAUCUCCUGAUCCAUGAUCACGUGCGGGAUCUCAUCCGGGAUAUCGACCCGGCAGUCGUGGUUCUGGAUAUGUUCCACCGGCCGGGGAUGGAUGCGACGCGGGGAGACGGCCGUUUACACGCAAUCCUGUCGCCCAACGUCCUAGCUGACGGCUUCGGCGGGGAACAACCCUGGCUCAGUGGAUUCUGGAGGUUCCCAGCAAUCGGCUCCGGCCACGACUUCCCCGUCCCAUGGCGAGACAUCCCCUCCAACAUUUACCAGAUGGGAAACUUUGCCUGGGCCAUGCUAUUCAGCCCGAGUCUCGUACAGAAGCGCACGUUCCUCGCCAGCCACGGCCUCAAAGACCCAAUCAACUUCUUCAACAUCCACCAGCCCGGACAGGGCAGCGCCUUCAUCACCCAAGACACCGCCGCCGCCGCCAUCCCGCUCGACCUCGUCCCGGCCAACGUCACGGCGACGGGACCCAUUGUCGUCUCGGUCGCCUCGGCCGCGGAGCAGGACCCGGAGCUGGCGGGCUGGUUGGCGAGGGCGCCGACCGUGCUCGUCAACCUCGGCAGCCUGUUCGAGUACGAUGCUGGGAGGGCCCGGGACAUGGCGGGCGCGUUGGAGGUUGUGAUGGAGCGCACCGGUGUCCAGGUUUUGUGGAAGCUGAAUGCCGCUGCUGGGCUCAGGGGCAAGGAUUGGGAGCCUUUGGUGGAGCGGUUCAUCGAGGGCGGGAGGUUGAGGGUUUCAAAGUGGUUGAGUGUCGACCCUACCGCUUUGCUCGAGACGGGGGAUAUUGUCGUUUCUGUCCACCACGGCGGGGCGAACUGUUACCACGAGGCUAUUGACACCGGCGUACCGCAGCUCAUCCUCCCGGCUUGGCUAGAUUUAUACAACUACGCGGCACGGGUGGAGGCCAUUGACAUUGGAGUUUGGGGUAACAAGCAGUCAGCUCCUGGGUUCUCGCUCGAUGAACUCAGCAGCGCCUUUUUGAAGUUGGUCGACGGUGGCUCUGCUAGCCUUUUGAUGAGGGAAAACGCCGAGAAGAUAAGGAGAACAAUAACCCGCCCUGGUCGCGAUGUUGCAGCCGAUGAAAUUGCAAGGCUUGCGGCGUUGGGUCACUAA